CCUCUCUCUCCUUUUGUAGGGUGCAUGGUUUGGCCUGUGUGCCUUUCUCUCUCUUCUUCAUACGGUGGUUCAGAGACAUCCUCUAUAUAUAUGCACAAUCUUUUGGCCUAAGUUCAAAACUAGAACAUGCCCAUAAACAUUUACAGUACUCUAGAGGAGUAGGGGGUUAGAGCUUCUAGGGAGUGUUAUCAUCACCAUCAUCACCAUCAAUGGCGUUCUUCAUAGUUGUCCUUAGUCUGAUCUUUGUGCUCUGUUUUUGCUCUGCUUUGUUAAGGUGGAAUGAAGUGAGGUACAGGAAAAAAGGCCUUCCUCCUGGCACAAUGGGUUGGCCUGUCUUUGGAGAGACCACUGAGUUUCUUAAACAAGGCCCAAACUUCAUGAAAAACCAAAGAGCAAGGUACGGUAGUGUUUUCAAAUCCCACAUACUUGGGUGUCCUACCAUUGUUUCCAUGGAUCCAGAGCUCAACAGAUACAUCCUCAUGAAUGAAGCCAAAGGCCUCGUUCCUGGGUACCCUCAGUCAAUGCUUGAUAUCUUAGGCAAAUGCAACAUUGCAGCCGUUCAUGGCUCCACCCACAAGUACAUGAGAGGUGCUUUACUCGCUCUCAUUAGCCCCACCAUGAUCAGGCACCAGCUUUUGCCCAAAAUCGACCAUUUCAUGAGAACCCAUCUCAGUGAUUGGAAUGGCAAAGUCAUCAACAUUCAAGAAAAGACCAAAGAGAUGGCGCUUCUCUCCUCGCUUAAGCAGUUAGCAGGAAUUGAAUCUGGAUCAAUGUCUCAAGCAUUCAAGCCUGAAUUUUUUAAGCUGGUAUUGGGGACUUUGUCAUUGCCUAUUGAUCUUCCUGGUACAAAUUAUCGUCGUGGAUUCCAGGCAAGGAAAAAUAUUGUCAGCAUGUUGAGGCAACUCAUACAGGAGAGAAGAACUUCACAAGAAACACAUCAAGACAUGCUUGCUGGUCUAAUGAGAAGUGAAGAAAACAGAUAUAAACUCACUGAUGAUGAGAUCAUUGAUCAAAUAAUCACAAUCUUGUAUUCUGGCUAUGAAACUGUCUCCACUACUUCAAUGAUGGCUGUGAAAUAUCUCCAUGAUCACCCUAAAGUUCUUGAAGAGCUCAGAAAAGAGCAUUUGGCAAUUAGAGAAAAGAAAAGACCUGAGGAUCCCAUUGACUUGAAUGACCUCAAAUCAAUGAGGUUUACUCGUGCGGUGAUUUUUGAAACCUCUAGAUUAGCAACGAUUGUUAAUGGUGUUCUGAGAAAAACCACUAAAGAUAUGGAACUAAAUGGUAUUAUGGUUCCAAAAGGCUGGAGAAUAUAUGUAUAUACAAGAGAGGUCAACUACGACCAGUUUUUAUAUCCAGACCCUUUAACUUUCAAUCCAUGGAGAUGGCUAGAGGACAAGAGGUUGGAGUCUCAAAAUUACUUCUUUAUAUUUGGAGGAGGCACUAGACAGUGCCCUGGAAAAGAGCUGGGAAUAGCAGAAAUCUCUACUUUCCUGCACUACUUUGUAACUAGAUACAGGUGGGAAGAAGUUGGAGGAGAUAAACUGAUGAAAUUUCCGAGAGUAGAGGCACCCAAUGGGCUACACAUUAGAGUCUCAUCAUACUAACUAUUAACAACACUUAUGUACAGAGAAAAAGUAUAGGGAAUUAUUCAUAGGAGGAAGAUUUGGUGUAGAAUAAGCCGGGUCCUAACAAGUAAAAGGAAAAUGAAGGAGUUUUGAGCAUUUUUCUUUUUGUCGGCCAAGUUUGCUGUUCAUUAAUUCAAGUCACUAGAAGAGAAAAAAAAAUCAUGGCAGAAUCAAUCUUUUCUUUUUUGUUCCCUUUUAUACACAGUUUGGUGAACUUGACCCAAAUAAUACAUCUUUGUCAACUUCUAUGUAACCUUGAAUUUACAUGAAGUUUAAGAAUACAAUGCAAAUAUUGGACUUGAGGAAA